AUGGCAACACGCAAGCGGAACGAAUGGCUAGAGGCUGAGGAGAGCGACGACGAUGAGCAGGGCUACGAUUCUGCCGAGGAGAGCAAGACCAAGGCCUUGCCGGGACGCGCAAUGAAGAGGCGGAAGGUCGACGACGAUUCGAAUGAAGAUCUCUCGGACAAUGCCGACGAUGCAGAGGGCCAGGACCAAACGACAUCACCAUUGAAUGAGCAGGAUGAAGAUGUCAUGUCAACGAAGAAACCUAAGAAGUCGAAACUAAAACCCCUCAAAACCCUCUCCGAGAAAAAGCUCCUCACAGCCAAGAAAGCCCGUGCCUUGACCGGCGUCAUCUACCUCUCCCGCGUCCCUCCCUUCAUGAAACCCUCGACCGUAAAGCACCUCCUUUCGCAAUAUGGCGACAUCGGGCGCAUAUUCCUCGCCCCCGAAGAUCCAGCCUCCCAUACGCGCCGUGUCAAGGCCGGCGGAAACAAGAAGCGCUCUUUCACCGAGGGCUGGAUCGAAUUUAUCGACAAAAAAAACGCCAAAUUGGUAGCAGAGACCCUCAAUGCGGAGAUCAUCGGAGGCAAGAAGGGCGGAUGGUAUCACGACGACCUGUGGAACAUCAAAUAUCUCAAGAAUUUCAAGUGGGACCAGCUCACCGAGCAGAUCAAUAAUGAGAAUGCCGAGCGGGCGGCCAGGCUGCGAGCGGAGAUUGGAAAGACGACGCGCGAGAACAAGAUGUUCCUGGAAAACGUGGAGAGGGCGAAGAUGCUGGACGGCAUAGCUGCGAAACGAAAGAAGAAGGCUGAUGAUCCCGACACCGAAGAUCGAGGAUUUGUCACCUCUGCGCACAACCGGAGAGAAUUCAGACAGAUUACGGUUAAGUCCAAGUCGAGUACAGAGCAAGGGGAAACGAGUGUGCCGCUACGUCGGCUGUGA